UAAAUUUGCAAGCUACCGGCUUAGCAUAUGGACGGUGAUUUAAUCAGCAAUAUUAUGUGUGUGUAAAUGUAGUUUGUUAACUUUAAGAAUCUGGAGGUGCUCCUGAGUUUACAAUAAGAGAUUAGCCUACAUUAAGGUACAAAGUGAAGCCGGUCAACUGCAGCACUGUUUACCAUUGUGCUGACUUAAAAUUCUCGAAUACAUUUGCUUGGAAGCAUGGAGAGGUGGCACAACAAGUUAGCUGUUGUUACGGGUGCAAGUGGCGGCAUUGGAGCUGCCUGUGCCCGGGCCAUGAUAGGCGCCGGAUUGCGAGUUGUCGGUCUGGCACGUCGCGAGGCCAAGUUAAAGGAAGUACGUGAAAGUCUGCCGAGUAAUCUGCAGCAAAACUUUAUUCCACAUCGCUGCGAUGUGUCCAAGGAGGAGCAGGUACAAAGCACAUUUGACUGGAUAGAACGUGAACUGGAGGGUCCGGAUGUACUACUCAACAAUGCUGGGAUUACACGGGAAACUGAACUGGUUGCACCAGGGAAUACACAGAAGCUGCGAGAAGUUAUUGACACCAAUGUCAUGGGUGUUAUUUGGUGCACGCGAGAGGCGUUCAACAAUAUGAAGAGACGAGACACGGAGGGUCAUGUGCUAAUCAUCAAUAGCAUUGCUGGACAGCAGGUGCUAAACUUUAUCGAUGUGCUGCCCUCAUUCAACAUUUAUCCGGCUACUAAAUUUGCCAUUACGGCAAUUACGGAAACGUAUCGACAGGAGUUUCAGUUGCACUCGAAAAAGGUGCGUGUUACUGGCAUUUGUCCGGGAGCAGUCAAUACCAACAUAUUCCCAGAGGAGAUACACUUCUACGUUAAGGAUAUGGCCAGAUUGGAUCCGUCCAAUAUUGCCGAUGCAGUGCUUUAUGCUCUACGCACGCCGCCUAACGUACAGAUACAUGAUAUCACAAUUAAGCCAAUGCGUGAAAUAUUUUAGGUAAUACUGCGAAUUUGGUUUAUGAAAUAUAACAAUAGGUGAGAAAACUUAUGUAAUACUGAGAAUUUGGCUUGUGAGGUAUAAAAACGACUCAUUUAUGA